CUCAAAAAAAAAAAAAAAACGAAAGGGAGAAAAUCUCGAUCGAAGGCUUCGAAGCUCUCUUUUUUUUCUUUUUGGGUGUGUGUGUGUAGUAAUCUCACGCACGACGUUGAUAGAGAAAGAGAGAGAGAGACCUCUCCUUGCGAUCUUAUUGCUCUUUCCUCUGCUCCGAUCGAAUUCAGAAUCAGCUUUUUGAUAAACCUCUAUAGCUCAUCUUGACUUUACUGAAGCUAUGCUUUCAACGAGUUGUGCUGCUCGUGAAGAAAGAAGGAGUUUUUGAUAAAAUAUACAUACUUAUUUAUAAGGUUUCAGCCUUUAGACAUGUCUCGUUUCAAUUGCAGUGGUUAUGAUAUCUCAACUUGUUUUGUUCAUCUCGCUGAAUGGCAUCCUUUGGAAUAGUCAGGUUCUUCGGGCUUGAAGCCCCUUUUAUCCCGGGGUUCUUCAGUUUACCUUAGACACUUUUUAUCUUUCAUCAUAUACACACAUUCAUACUUUGAGGAGCAAUUUUUUUUUUUUUUUCUGUUUGGAGAAAGUAGAUCAUGUUUCGUGAUAGUUUUUUGUUUGCCCGUACUAUGGGUUGCUUUGGAUGUUUUGGCUCUUCUGGUGGUAAUAGAACCCGACAACAAUCGCCUAAGCCUUACGACGAUGAUACAUACUCAUGUGAUAGUGAUGAUGUAACUACCACUGCGAGAGGAGAAGAAGAAGAAGAUGAAGAAGAAGUUGAGCAGAAGAGCCGCUCUAAAAGAUCUGAGGAAAUUUUGAAAUAUAGAUUAGAUAAUGGAUUAAUCUGCAGGCACAUUCCAGUGAGAGAAACUAAUGAACUUAUCCGUGGAGAGGAUGAAAAUGGUGACAAGACAAUCAAUGAGUAUGUUCGUGUAUGUAAAAUUGGAUCUGGUAGCUAUGGUAAAGUGGUUUUAUAUAGAAGCACUUUAGACGGCCAGUAUUAUGCUAUCAAAGCAUUUCAUAAAUCACAUUUAUUAAGGCUAAGGGUUGCACCUUCAGAGACUGCUAUGAGUGAUGUUCUUCGUGAGGUUAUGAUAAUGAAAAUUCUGGAGCAUCCUAACAUCGUUAACCUCAUUGAGGUGAUAGAUGACCCUGAAACUGAUCAUUUUUACAUGGUUCUCGAAUACGUUGAUGGAAAAUGGGUGUAUGACGGUUCUGGACCGCCGGGUGCCCUCGGAGAGAAAACUGCUAAAAAGUAUUUGCGGGAUAUAGUUACUGGCCUGAUGUAUCUUCAUGCUCAUGAUGUAAUUCACGGGGACAUUAAACCCGACAAUUUGCUGGUUACUAGUAGUGGUACCGUGAAGAUAGGAGAUUUCAGUGUCAGCCAAGUAUUCAAGGAUGAUGAUGAUCAACUGCGUCGAUCUCCAGGGACUCCAGUCUUCACUGCUCCAGAAUGUUGUUUAGUGUCAGGUAUAACAUAUAGUGGCAGAGCUGCGGAUACAUGGGCAGUGGGAGUUACUUUGUAUUGUAUGAUAUUGGGACAAUACCCAUUUCUUGCUGAUACUCUUCAGGACACCUACGACAAGAUUGUUAACAAUCCUUUGAUAAUCCCGGAUGGAUUGAAUCCUCUUCUCAGAGAUUUGAUUGAAAGUCUCCUUUGCAAAGAUCCAAGCCAGAGAAUGACACUAAAGAAUGUGUCCGAGCAUCCAUGGGUAAUUGGAGAAGAUGGGCAUGUCCCUGAGUAUUUUUGUUGGUGCAAACGCAAUGCUGCCUUAAUGGUUAAAGAAGAAGAAGCUAAUGGGAUCUCUGAAACUUCGGAUCCUAACUAAAAAAAAAACUCGGAAGCUUUUGAUCGUUUAGGAAAUGUACAAGCUUCACGAAUAGAUGCAUGCAUGCAUCUACUACUUAACCAGACAAGUUUGACCUCGCUUGGGCUUAUUGUUUUUCUUUAAUACUAGAUAACUGUAUGCUAUUGUGCAUUGUUUAUAAGUUUUAAACUAAAUCGAUUUUGGUUUUGAUUUUGACUUUUGUUUUUUCUUUUUGUUGACGUGGGAAAAUGUCUCUAAGUUCAUUAUCAAAUGAGCUCCCCCCCAACCCAGUUGACUAGUAGUAAAUUACUAAUACUAAGAUAUUGUUUUACUAA